AUGUUCUAUUGUAUUCAAGGCCACUUUCUCUUUUCAGGGACCACUUUGUAUUCGUCAAGAUUAUUCGUUAGUUUGAAAUUGUAUCUUCGCAACGACGGACGUACGGUUUUAAGAGCUAUGGCUGAUUUGUGUUUUAUAUGUGAUAAGUCACUUUCAGAAGGUGUUUCUGUGAAUGUUGUACGUGGUUUACAUACUUUAAAAACUGCAAGUAUUGAAAGAAAUGAUGGACAUAUAGACUAUUUAAAUACUUUAAGUUCUGUGAAUGUGCAUUCCGAGUGUCGAAAAGUGUACACUAGUAAAAAUGCUAUUGUUGCAUCGAAACGACGCACAGAAGAGGGUGAACCUUCAACGCCAAGUGCACCUCGUAAAAAAAGAAACGAAGUGUUUGAUUUUAAAAAAUUGUGCUUAUUUUGUGGCCAAGAAGCUAAUGAAGUAGCGGAAAGGAAAAAAAAGGAGAAGUAUAGACGGACAAUAAGUAAUGUAAGCACUCUAGCGUUUAAAGAGAACGUAAUUAAAAAAGCAGAAGAACGCAACGAUUCCUUAGGAGAAUUAGUAAAGGAACGUAUACUUUACGAGUAUGAUUUGAUCGCUGCUGAAGCAAAGUAUCAUACUAUUUGCUAUACCAACUUUUUAACUCGAGUACCAUCUGCUGAUAAGAAGCCGCGCCAAGAUGAUCAAGUCACUCAAGCAAUGAAGGAGAUUUUUUUUUAUAUAGAAAAUAAUGAAGAUUCUCAAUUUACGUUGAAAGAACUUAAAGAUGUCCUUACGGAGUACAUACCCGACGAUAAGACGAUUAUUACAAAACUACAACAAAAGUAUUUAACUGACAUAAUAAUUACAAAAAAAAUAGGAGCAUUUACAAUUAUAUCUUUCCGUGAUACACAGGUUAAUGUACUAUCAAAAGCUUGGUACGAAAAUAAAAAAAGCACCCCUGCAGAAGAACGUUUACGUAUUGUAGAAGCUGCUGCGGCAAUUAUUAGGGAAGAUAUUAGAUCAUCUGUAGUCGACACUAAGACGUAUCCACCUCCAAAUAAAAUGCUAGAUGGUAUUAAUGAAGAAAUACCAAAAACAUUAUUACAUUUUUUAGAAGAAAUUAUAUUAAAGAAUAGAAAAGGACAAGUAGAUCAUUUAAAAACGAAAUGCACAUCUAUCAGUCACGCAAUAAUGGCUUCGAUACGAGAACGAUCAUUUUCAUCACAGCUACUAUUAGGCCUUUCUGUAUUUCUUCACAGAAGAUAUGGAUCUAAGAAAUUAUUGGAUGUUUUAUCAACUUUGGGAUUUGCUGCUCCAUAUAGUAGUGCUGUACAGUAUGAAGUUUCAGCAGUUUACCAUCCACAGCCUCGUAUUUUACCAUCAGAGUCAGGUGCAUUGGUGCAAUAUGUUGGAGACAAUGCAGAUAUUAAUGUCAGUACUCUUGACGGUAAUAAUACUCUUCACGUUAUGGGAAUGAUAAAAAUAGUUACUCCGAAAGAUGCUGUAAUUUAUGAUGAUCGUAUAAAAAAAUGUACAACUAAACCAAGUGCAAAAGAGUUGGCAGCAAUAUCACAUGUAUCUCUUUUAGCAUAUGAAAAGCCAGUUGUACCAGGGUACAGCAAGAUUCAAGUCCAAAAUCUACAUGACGAUCAAGUACUAAUUGAAAAAAAAUUUAAUGCUGUUGAUUUUUUGUGGUUAUACGGAAAAUGGAAGAAUCUUUCACAGUUGCCAGGGUGGAAUGGCUAUCUUCAACAACUUACGAAAAAUAAUAAGAAUUUUUCAACUUCUCAAGUUAUAUUUCUACCUUUCAUUGAUCAUCCGGCUAGUCAUUUAGAUACAAUUUAUACCACUUUACAUUGUGCUAUAAAUAUUGCCAAGUCACAUCAACAAAAGACGUGCAUAAUUACAUUUGAUCAACCUCUGUACUCCAAAGCACGUGAAAUGAUUGCCGCGUCAGAUGCAAACUCAGACUUGUCUAAAACAGUUGUCAAACUAGGAGGAUUUCAUAUGCUUAUGUCUUUUCUUGGAUGCAUAGGAUAUAUAAUGGACGGUAGUGGUCUUAAGGAAGCUUUAAGUACAAUAUAUGCUACAAAUUCGGUCGACAAAAUGUUGAAUGGUCACGCUUAUGCAAGAAGUAUCAGAGGCCAUACAUUAUUACGACUUGCAUUAUCAAUGAAGAUUUUUGAAGAGAUGAAGAUUGAAGGUUGUAUUUUAGAUGAGUUAAUUGAACAGAUAACUAGUCGCGAUGUUUCCUACGAAGAUGUUGAAGGAUGUACAAGUAGCUCCAACUCGUUAAUUGAUCAAUUUCAGGAUAAACUGAAUGAAUUAAAAGCUCGAGGUCCCACAGCACAGUUAUGGGCGCAGUAUUUUGAAAUGGUAUCAAUAGCUCUAGAUUUCAUUCGUGCUGAAAGACUGGGACUUUUUAAAGAACAUCUGAAUGCAGUGCGAAAAAUGUUGCCGUAUUUUCAUGCUGGUGGUCAUUUCCUAUAUGCGAAAUCAGCUCAUUUAUAUCUUCAAGAUAUGAUAAAACUGGAGGAGACAAUGGAUGAACAGAGUUUUCAGAACUUUAAAAACGGAUUCUUUACUGUAAAACGAACAGAAAAAUUUAAUUCUGGUACAUGGACAGACAUGGUAAUCGAGCAAAGUCUUAUGAAAUCUAUGAAGACAGAAGGAGGAGUAUCUCGAGGCCGAAGUACACAAGAAAGUGUUCUAUGUAAGUGGUUAUAUGCUAUGUAUGCCACGAAUACAAUUUGUGAAGAAAUUGAACGGUUUUGUAACAUUUCUUUGGAUUCUGUAGACCAACAUGUUGAUGCUAGAGAUUCACGAAUAAAAAGGGAUAAUACUGAUGUUAAUAAACUGGUUGAUUGGUAUACUCUUCAUAAUCCCUUUCCAAAUACGAAUCAGUUGGUAUCCUUAGCUUCAGGAAUCGUUGGAAAUGACCAAAUUAAUUGUCACAGAGCCCAUGAACUCGGAUUGCAAUCUAUGGAAAAGAUAAUUGGUUUGAACUUUAAUGAGAUAAAGUUAAAACGCGUCGAUAAGGUUUUGCCGCUUUCAGCCGUUAACAAAUCUGUCAAUAUUAAUGAUUGUAAAGUCUCUGUAGAUCCGUUGUUACUUUUCCAGAGAAUAACUGUAAGCAAAAAAUUUGAAAAUAAUCUACAAGAAUAUCUUCAAUAUGAACUAAGCCCGUAUCCGACAUCUUUAUUUGAUAGUAAUGGCAUGAGAAAAACCACGAAAGCGACGUUAUAUGACAAUAUGCUACCUGUCGAUAUCGAGCUUGAUGAAAAUAAUGUAACAUACAUCAUCGACGGUGGAUUUCUUCUGCAUCGCGUCGUAUGGAGCAAAGACGAUACUUUCUCCAUUAUUUUAGAUAAAUACAUUCAAUAUUUACAAACACAUUAUGGUUCAGAAAUUGUUGUUGUAUUUGACGGAUAUUCGGACAAUAGUAAAAAUAUUAAAGCAAUGGAACAACAAAGAAGAACUGCUGCACUUUCUAAAUCGUAUGAAGUUUGUUUUGACGAAACAAUGAUUGUGCCAAUCAGCCAAGAAAAAUUUUUAUCAAAUCGGUCUAAUAAAACAAAAUUUAUCUACAUGCUUGUCGAAAAAUUAAAAACUAUUAAUAUCACAACAAAACAAGCCAGAGAUGAUGCUGAUGUUCUCAUCAUCGAGACAGCUAUUGCAUUAUCAGAACAUCAAAAGACUGCCGUCAUCAUAGGAGAAGAUAUUGAUUUGCUCGUUAUUUUAAUUGGGCGUACUCAAUCACAUCAACAGGAAAUUUUCUUUAAAAAAGUUGGGAAAGGCAAUGUUAAGACGAAAAUAUAUUCUUCCAAAAGUUUUGAUCAAUAUCCGCGUACUAAAAAACACAUUCUAUUUUUACACGCAUUUAGUGGCUGUGACACGACUUCUGCGCUAUUUAAAAAAGGAAAAAAAACUGUUACUAGAGCAUUGGAGAAAAUUCCCAAUUUGGAUAAACUGGUGGAAGUAUUUCAACAAGAAAACUGCCCGGUACAAACAUUAUUUGAAAAUGGAGUGCGCAUCUUGUUGGCAUUAUAUAAUGCUCCAAAAUCUGAGGACAACAUUGAUCAUUUUCGCUACACGCAAUUCAUUAAAUUAACGAAACUAAAUAAACCUGUACAAUUGUCAACACUUCCACCAACAAGUGUAGCAGCUCAUCAACAUAUAAAUCGCGUCUACUACCAGAUUCAAACGUGGUUAGGGAAUGACUUAGAACCUCAAGAAUGGGGCUGGAUGCUUGAAAAUGGAAUCCUGGAGCCCAUAAGAACGUUAUUACCUCCAGCACCAACCGAACUACUAAAUAUAAUAUUUUGCAAUUGCAAAAAUGGUUGUGGUUCCCGCUGUGGAUGCCGAAAAUCAGGGCUACUAUGUUCUUUAGCUUGUGGCCAGUGCAAUGGACAAGCUUGCCUGAACGCUGCACAAUAUCCAAGUAAUCCCGAUGAAGAAAACGCAUACGAUCCUGAAAUUCUGGAGGGUUUGGAGAUGAAUAUGACCGAUAAUGAGGAUGAUGAUAAUGAAUUGAACGUUUUCGAGCGACAACAAGAAGAAGACGACGAAGAAGAUGAAGAUAACUAG